AUGUCGAACGACGACCAGCAACUCCUCGGCGUGCUCGCCGAGUACUCCAAAGACGUGCGCACCGUGACGGGCUCCAUCUGGGACGCAACCGAUGCGCAUUUCGCACAUGUGGCCGGCUACAUCAAGAAGAAGCUGCCCGAGGCCUGGCUGCCCGAACGCGCGCGACCGCGACCGCCGCCUCCACCCCCGCAUGCCAUGACAGGCCACUACCUGCAUCGCGUGUACGACUGGGUCCUCGGGCACCAGGCGCUGGCGGCGGCGGCGGCGGCCUUUUUCGCGACGGGCAGCCUGCUGGUAUGGCGUGAGCAGAAGAAGUACAACCGCAAGCGCAGAGCGCGGCGGGCGAGCAACGGGGCGCGGUGCGAGGUUGUGGUGCUCGCGGGCGCGCCCAACUCGCCCAUUGUGCGGUCGCUGUCGCUGGAUCUGGAGCGGCGCGGCUUCAUUGUAUACAUUGUGUGCUCCAGCAUGGACGAGGAGCAGCAGGUGCUGGGCGAGUCCCGGGCAGACGUGCGGCCGCUGCACCUGGACGUCGUGGACACGAUGGGCACGCAGCAGGCCAUGAGGCGGUUCAACGAACUGCUCGCUAAGCCGCAUGUUGCCUUUGCCGGGGCAAGCCCACACAAGCUCAACCUGAGCGGUGUCAUGUUGGUCCCUGACUUGAUUUACCCGACUGGACCGGUGCAGACGGUGGGCCCUGAGCUCUGGUCGGAUGCGCUCAAUGCCAAAGUGCUCAACACCAUUGCCGUGACGCAGGCGCUGCUGCCGACCGUGUGCGAGUUCAAGGCGCGGCUUCUGCUGCUCACACCGAGCAUCAUUGCGUCACUGCGGCCGCCGUUCCACAGCGUCGAGACGACCAUUGUCAGCGCGCUCGAGGGCUUCCUGGCGUCGCUGCGGGCAGAGCUGGGGACCCUGGGCAUCGAGGUGCUCCAGUUUCAUCUCGGCACCUUUGAUCUGAGCAGCGUGGGCUCCAAACAUCAUCUCCAGACGCGUUCGAUCGGCAGCCCACAUGCUUGGCCGGCCACCACACGAGCGCUGUACGCAAGCAACUUUGAGGCCCAGACACGCGUCGCGCAGAGCCGAGGCCUGCUCAACCAAAACGGCAGCUCGGUGCGCGAGCUACACAACGCCGUGUUUGACGCCCUCACGCAGCCGCGGCCGGCCAAGCUGUGGCGGGUUGGGCGUGGCAGCGUCAUGUACGACGUGGUGGGCAGCUGGGUGCCUCGUGGGCUUGUUGGCUGGAUGAUGGGAUUGAGACGAGUGUCUCUGGACACGCCAUCUCAGCCGAAGCUAGAGGAUAGUGUGCAACUACAGUCAUGGGAAAAGCUCGAGGGCGUCGCUUAG